AUGGACACACGAAGCGACAGCCCCACUGACUCCAACCGGCAGGAGACUGCAAAGACCUCCUUUCUCAUCGAGGACAUCUUGUAUAGAGGCCAAAUCAAACCCCAAGAGCGGAGAUUUGAGUAUGAAAGGGAGCCUAAGCCGUAUUUCCCGGUGCCUAGUGAAAUAAGGCCCGUGGCUAGAGAGGGGUCUUAUUUGCAGGUCAUGGGGGCUUUAGGGGCGUAUUUGCAUGCGCCUAAUACUUAUAAGACUGUGGAGGCGCCUUAUUUUCUGUCUCAAGGAGUGCCCUACCAUGCUCUUUUCACGCCGUCCGAACUAUCGUUGUCAGCACUGAAGCACUGCCGGCGGCGGAAGGCACGCACGGUUUUUUCCGACCCACAACUAACAGGUCUCGAGAAGCGCUUCGAGACGCAACGCUACCUGUCAACACCAGAACGCGUGGAGCUGGCUGGAGCGCUCAACCUCUCGGAGACGCAAGUCAAGACCUGGUUCCAGAACAGAAGGAUGAAGCAUAAGAAGCAGAUGAGGAAGCAGCAACGAGCCGAAUCUCAGUUCUAA